AAAAAUGAAAAAUUACUUAUAUUUUUUAUUGUUUUAUUAUUUUAAAUUAGAGUUAAUUUAAAGCAGCCUCAAACCAAAUCCAACUUUAAUAUCAUUUAUUUUUCAUUAAAAUAAUUUUCUACAUUUUUUGUUUUUGUAAAAAGUUAUUUAAGAUUAUUGUAACACAAGCCCAUAAAAUAUUACCUAUGGUCGGUACGAGAAACCGUCGCAGUAAUAUCCAUAUAACUCCUUCUGGUUGGACAAAUGGUCGGAGUUAGUAGGGUAAGCGGAACAGACGAACGGAUGGUUGGCGAACCGGUUUGGUCCACCUUGCAGACAACAAUGGAGGAGUAUACGGCCAUAGUAGAGAUUUUAUUCGUCGUCGACUGCAGGUAGAGGGGUUGAGGAUCGAUUCGUAUUUGGGAAUUUAUACCCACUGCAUUCAUUUUUUUAAACAGAUAUUCUCACAGCUUUUCACAUACACACUAUUAUUGUCUAAGUUAGCACGCUGACGUAUUCCGCAAGAUAACUUUAAAAUUAUUAUAUUAUCACACAUUUGUGCAUCAUCACUGUUUGUUUAUGAUCUGCAGAAAUCACAGAUAUUCAUUAUUUUUAAUUAAUUAGAUUUAGAUUUGUACAUUAUUUAGAUGCAUUAUACUUUUAAGGGAAAAAACAUUAUCUCCAAUUUUAUUAUUAUUUUUUAAUACUUUUUUUACUGUGUAGUUUUCAUAAAUAAUGAAUCGACAUCAGGAUGAUAUGGAUGACGAAUCUACAGAGUACAAAAGACAUCGAGAGUGGUACAUGCAAUGGGUUCGAGAAGCCUACACUGCUCCAGGAUGUAGGGCUAAAACUGUGUGUGCGGCCAAGUACGAGAAGAUUGUUAGAGCGGUACGAGGUCAACUUCGAAGGGCGGCGGAUUCAUCAAAAUUUCGAUUUUGGGUCAGGUCUAAAGGAUUUCGAAUGGGGAGACCAGCAAUACUGGAUCAAGAAUGCAGUAGUCAAGGAUCACAAGUUAUGGUCGAUACAGAUCGAUUAUACGUAGUGGACUCGAGGAAUAGCAGCAAUGUCAACAGAAAUUCUAAUAAUAAAAAAUCUAAGAAAAACAAUAAAAACAUUAAUAUACACGACGACAUAGAACUAGAGUUAGACGAUCAACGUACAGAUUUAUAUUCCGAUGAAGACGACGAUGAGGUGGUAGACACAGCAAGACCAACAACUAUUAUUUAUAAAAAAGUAGCAGUAGUAGAAGAAUUUUAUGAUAUAAUAUACAAGGUUCACGUUAAUAACAAUGAUGAUGAUCAACGACGACAUUCUGGCCAAAAACGAACACAUAGAGCUAUAAUGGAAACUUACGCGUUUCUUCCCAGAGAAGCAGUUACAAAGUUUCUCAUGGGAUGUCGAAAAUGUAGUAGUGGUUCACAACCAUCGCCUCGUCCUCCAUGGACCAGUUUACAAGAACAACAACAAUUUGAAUCACAUAAAACGAUCGUACCACAACAAAACUUACCUGAAUGGGUGUACAAUGCUGAUCGUGUUUUGACUUUUACUUGUUCUACUCCCGUAAAAAGCAGUAGCUUCGAUAGUGGUAUGGAUGUAGACAAGGAAAACAUGAAUGACAAUAACUGCCAAUACGACAUAGUAAAAACCCUUACUUCUACUAUAACUGAAACUAGUUUAACUAAUACUUUAACAACUUCACUUACUACUAACGUAACCUCUAUUAAACAUAAGCGUAAAAGUACCACCCCUAUUAAGAGAAUUAAUUCUAGCAAAAGUGGAGAAAGUACGUUAAAAGACAGCGGAAGUAGUACGUUUCAAUUAUCUACAACAGACAACAGUGGAAGCGUAGGGGAGAAAUUGAGUGGGUUGACUGACGUGAGUAGCAUUAGUGUUAAUUUGCAACCGUUAGAUUUAUCACACAAUCACAAUUCCCAAUCUUCAUUAUCACCGUAUUCUGUAGUCAAAGAUGUGGACAAUGAUGGGGUAGACCAGGAUUGGAAGGUAAAUUUUUUUCGUCCCAGACGUAAAAGAAUACUGAAAAGACGAAAAAGGAGGUAUGUUCUAAAAUGUGAUAAGAAAUCUAAUGGAGUAUCGAGUAGUGAUGAUGAUAAUAGAUGUAAUAUUGAUAGCGAAUAUGAACCAAUGAAAAAAAGAGUAAAAGUUGAACUAAACUCGAUUAAAAAACAAAAUAACUUACAUACUUGCAAUAACAAUUAUUACGAACACAUAAAAUGGUAUAAUUAUAGUGAUGCAGUUAUGAACAGAUGGACUAAAAAAGAAGAUACAGACGAGGCACCUACCGACAAACGCAAUUGGGAAAUGGAUAAAGGAACUGCUGCAGCUGCAUUGUUACAUCAUAGGAGAAUGAACGGUGGCGAUCUACACCACAGUCAUCAUAGACACCAGCAGCAUCAUAGAACUAAUGGAAGCAGUGGAUUGUUAUCACCAUCGAAACUCGUAGUCAAUCAUAUGUCACCCACUCAGCCAACGCCUCCGCAUCACUUUCAUCGUCAUUGGUUGGAUAGUGUUAGCAAUACGGGUGCUACCAACUCUCCAGCAGCUGCUGCUGCAGCAAUGACAGCAGCAGGUAUGAUGAUGCCUUUAAGCAUGGCUAGUGAAUCUUUGGAAAUGGAUAAUGCUGUUGCGGCUGCAUACAAUCGUUUGAUAGCUGACUUACACCGAACUAGCAGUCACGGAUUAACUGGAAGUCAUCCGGCAACAGCCGCCGCUGCUGCGGCUGCUCUUUUAUUUAAUAAUCACGCAGCCACAGCGACUUCACCUCCACCACCGCCACCGCCAAUUCCUCAACAUCAUCAUCAACAGUUGACGCAUCAUCAAAUACAACAGCAAUUGCAGCAAUACGCUGCGGCAGCCGCUGCAGCAGCGGCGGCGGCAGCGGCAUCUGCUUCACCAAACGUAUCUGUUCCAGACAACAUGAUCGGUUCUUCUCCGUCACCACCGGUAUCUCUUUGUCGUUUGACAUCACCGUCGUCCAACAAAAUAAAAAGCGACAACGAUAAAUCAGAAAACCUAAACGGAGUCAUCGGUGAUCGGUUAAACUCGUCAGAACAGCUCAUGCCGAUCAAUAUUUCAAUGGAAAAUAGACAUGAAAACACUUCAUCAGUGACUUCAAAUGGGAUGGCUGUACAAUCGGUAGACGAUGGACAGCAACGCGUGGAACGUCAUGGUAGUAGCGUUGAUAAGUCUCCUGGAAAUUUGAAUCAACAGCAAGAAAACGAACCGACACCGACUACUGCGAUAAAUUCGUCGUCUAAACUUGAAGUAGCUCACGGAGAUACUAUUAUGGACAACGAUGAUGAUGAAGAUGAAGAUGAUGCCAAUGUUACGACUGGUACAAAUGAAAGUCAUCAAGAUGGUAGUGGUGAUGAUGAUACCGAUGAUGUUGAAAUGAUGAUGCAUAUGAGCCAUCAAAACCAAAAUCAUAAUUCAACAAAUAGUCAUUCGAACGUACCAGUAGAUCCAGAGCGAUUAAAGGCAUUCAAUAUGUUUGUUCGGUUAUUUGUCGAUGAAAACUUGGAUAGAAUCGUUCCUAUAUCUAAACAGCCUAGGGAUAAAAUUCAAGCCAUCAUGGACUCUUGUGCCCGUCAAUUUCCUGAAUUUGCUGAGAGAUCUAGAAAACGUAUCCGAACAUAUUUAAAGUCAUGUCGCCGUAACAAAAGAAGCAUUGCCCAACAAGGCAAUAGUACUACAACAGCUGUGACUACAUCAUCAGGAGAGUCACCUAUAUCGAGUUCAUCAGUAACGAGUUGUUGGUCUGCCGCAGUGGUGGAUGGUCAAACUGCAACACCUCCAGCCCCGAGACCUACUCCAGCUCAUCUUACAAGCGUACAAGCUGAAACUAUUUUAGCCCGAGCUUGUUCCAAUGAAUCGCAAAACGCUAAGAGAAUGCGUCUAGGUCUAGAACCAGUUGCUCAGCCUUAUCCUGACCACGGACAACCAAUUGAACAUAAUCGCAAUAAUGCAGGAGACUCAGGUUCCGGUUCUGGUGAUGACGAAGAUGGUCACAGUGGUGGUGGCGGAGGCGGAGAAGAAGAUUCCAUGAAAAUGGAAACAACAGAAUCUGGAGAUAUUGACAAAGAGAUCACGCCUUCGUCUUUAGUCGUUGCUAGUUACGGUUCUCCCACAAAAUCGUCAACUGUAGAAGUCAAUGGUCAACCGUCUAACUGCAGUGAAAUUGGCGACAGCGACAGGCACAAACUGAAAGCGAAACGCCAUCAUAGACGGUCGCCUUUUUCACCAUCUCCUAUCAAUACAAAUGGUCCAACUGAUUUGAGUAUCAAAUCUAUGAUGGGAUCAUCGUCCACAAUACCGUCUCAACAACAACAAGCGUCUAUUGCAGCGUCUACAGCCAGAAUGCUUUUAGGAGCUCCUUUGUCUCCGAUCACGUCGGGUCCUACAAAUAUUCCAUUCCAACAACAACACCACGUAUCAAGUGGUACAAACAACAUAGGGUUACUGACCACACAGCCGACAUUCACCCCAGUACCAACUCCAACUAUACAACCACACAAGAGCGGCAAUAAUCAAUCGCAACUAUUACAAAAACUCAAUGCUGCCGAUAUGAUGACCGUCCGACAGCUAAUCGCCGGCUACAGAGAAUCAGCCGCUUUUCUAUUACGAUCAGCUGAUGAACUGGAACAAUUGCUUUUCCUACAUUAAUUAUAAUAUUCUCCAUUAAUUACUCUUAUUAAUUGAUAUUAUAUUAUUAUUAUUAUUAUUAUUAUUAUUAUAUAUAGAGGCGAAUACCUCACUAUCUUAAUCAAAAUUUAACAUGUUAUUGCGUUUAAGGUAUAUGUUUAUAAAAAUUAAUACGUAUUUGAGUGAUGAUGUUAAAGUACAAAAAUGAUUGAAUAAAAUAAUUACUGGUCGUUGUCGUCGUCGUCGUGUAUAA